CGCCCAACAGGCAGGGCUGGGAUUUUCGGGUUAAAUAUUCAAAAUGGCGGACGGAGGAGCAGCGAGUCAAGAUGAGAGUUCGGGAGCAGAUGCAAAAGUGAAUAAUCAGUCGGAAACUACUAAAUGUGCAAUGGAAAGUGGUGACAGGAACAUUGGGAUCCAAAUCAAUGGAUUGGACUUUCAGAGGCCCACCGUGCCAACCACAAGUGCAAUCACCAGUGCACACGCACAAGCCCUCCUCCAACAGUCAAAGUCUGAAGACUCUGGAAGUGCUCUUUCCACCUCCGUCCAGCAGAGCGUGUUGCCUCAAACCCAGCUCAUGUUGGCUGGGGGACAGAUUGCAGGACUGACUCUGACCCCGGCCCAGCAGCAACUGUUGCUCCACCAGGCCCAGGCUCAGCUCCUGGCUGCAGCCGUGCAGCAUUCAGCCAACCAGCAGAACGGCACCACUGGGGCCAGCAUCUCUGCCUCCGCAGCCACGCCCAUUACCCAGCUACCCCUGUCGCAGCCCAUCCAGAUCUCUCCUCUACAGCAGCAGAAUUUAAGUCUGCCCCAGUUUGUGCUCGUGCAGCCCGGCCACCCGAUUGCCACACAGCUGCAGCCCGCUCAGUUCAUCAUCUCGCAGACACCGCAUGCCCAACAGAGCAUAUUGCAAGCGCAGAGUCUUCUCACUCAACUACCUCAAAGCCAAGCUAACCCCCUCCCAACGCAACCGAGCAUCACCCUUGCAACACAGCCUGUAACUCCUACCCGCACCACGGCAGCCACACCCAUUCAGUCGCUGCCCCACAGUCAGACGCCGCCCAAACUGUUGGAUACGCCCACUCUGGAGGAGCCAAGCGAUCUGGAGGAACUGGAGCAGUUUGCCAAAACUUUCAAACAGAGGCGGAUCAAACUGGGCUUUACACAGGGGGAUGUUGGCCUGGCUAUGGGUAAGCUGUACGGAAACGACUUCAGCCAAACAACUAUCUCUCGCUUCGAGGCCUUGAACCUGAGCUUUAAGAACAUGUGCAAACUCAAACCAUUGCUGGAGAAGUGGCUUAAUGAUGCAGUUUGUGCAGAAAACCUGACUUCUGACCAGGGGCUGUCCACCCCCAGUGCCCUCGGCUCUCCAGGCAUGGGCAUUGAGGGGAUCAACCGCAGGCGGAAGAAGAGGACUAGUAUUGAGACCAACAUCCGCGUGGCCUUAGAAAAGAGCUUUCUGGAGCAGAACCAAAAACCUACCUCUGAAGAGAUCACUAUGAUCGCUGACCAGCUCAAUAUGGAGAAGGAGGUGAUCCGGGUCUGGUUCUGCAAUCGUCGGCAGAAAGAGAAGAGGAUAAACCCCCCGAGCACAGGCAGCGUAGGCGGCACUCCCAUCAAAACUAUCUUUACACCCGGUAGUCCUUUGGUGGCCAGCACAGCAAGCCUGGUGAACAGUUCAACUAUAAACACGCCGACCACGCUGACUGUAAAUCCAGUGAUGCCUCUCACCAGCACCAGUGUCUCCAGUUUAUCCUUCACAGGCACAACAGUAGGAGCUACAAACACAGCAUCUGUCAUCUCCACCACACCCGUAAUCACCGCGGUAACCAGCUCUCCAUCUCUAAGCCCGUCCCCGACGUCCAUUCAGUCCAGCACCGCGGAGAAUAAAGUCAGUACUCAGGCGCAGACCAUCGUCACCCAGGCCCCGACAUCCAUAGGCACCACCCUCGGGACGGGCCAGCUGAUGGUGGCCGCUCCGAGUCUGUCCACAGCGUUUCAGGGGGCUGCCCAGUUGCCCACCAGCGCGAGCUUUGCGGCCAUGGCUGCUGCGGCAGGGCUGAAUCCAGGAUUAAUGGCCUCCUCCCCCUUUGCUCCAGGUGGGGCGCUGCUCAAUCUGACUCCCGGUGGCCUCAUGAACAACAGUACGCUAGCCACCAUCCAAGCCCUGGCAUCAAGCGGCACAAUCCCGAUCACGGCACUGGACGGCAGCAGCCUGCUGUUCGCCAACGCAUCUAGCGGCAGUGCGCCCAACCUGGUGACCACGCCGCUCUUUCUCAACCCCCAGAACCUGUCUCUGCUCACCAGCAACCCCGUCAGCCUGGUGUCGGCCGGGGCGGGCGGGCUGCACUUCACCACCGACGCCCACCACCAAGUCUCCACGGCCACCGUGCCUGUGCAAGCCACGACCAUUACCGCUGCCUCCAAGGCGCAGUGAGUCUGGCUGCAUCCGGAAUGAAUGCCCUGUUUCUUGAGCUGUGCACUGGUCUCCUCACACACAACGCAGGAAAUAGGCAAGGUCAUUUGAGUUUCGCCUCUGCGCUUCACUAACAAACACACAUCCGCUCCAUUUUAUCUAUUAUUAUUGAAUUCCUUUUGCUUUCACCAAAAAAAAAAAACAAGGGGUGUGCUUCACCUUUUUGUUUCUGGGUUCUCCUUGCUUUCUCUUUAUGAUCCUUGGAUAUUUUUUCUCGAACAGUAGCCAAAUGGAGACUGUCGUUCUUUGAACCAGGAAGAAAACCUUCUCCCCAUACCAUCAAGCUCAUCACAUUUUGUACAUACGUCCUUCCAUUUCACACAAUCUCACUUAUCUUUUCUGAACGACUUCAAAAGAAAAUUUGGGGGAUUUUACUAUAUACUUAAUACUAACCUCAUAUUACACAUCACUAACUGGGGUCACCUUUACUUUUUUUUUUUGGGGUGGGGGGAGAAGCCUUGACAUGAAUCAUAUCAGUUUUAAGCAUUUUUCUUAAUGUAGUUUUUUUCAAUUAUAAUAAGUUAAGACUUCAAUGUCUCUUUAAAAAUGUGGUUGUAAGGCUUUAAAAACAAGUAAUAACUGGCCGAUAUAAAGGUUAUCAUUGCUUUAACGAGCGCAGGGAGCCGUUGAGUCUCUGCAAGUUUCUCUUUCUGGAAACACUGUCUUUUUACAGCCUCCAAGCUUGUUUAAAAUGGUGCGGGUUGUAGACAGUGAUGGAAAAUGACUGAAAACUUUUAACAGCUUUAAAAACACGUGGAGUGAAACUGACUAAAUACGGAGGGCAUACGUCUGCGUGUGUUGUGUAAAGCUCAGUGACGCUGAGCCUUAACUAACCAAAUGAUCCACAAGGCUCAGCGGUCUGGGCUAAGAUCACCUAUCAGGGGGUGUGAUCGUCACACUAAAUGUAUGGUGAUGUUAGCUACAUUUUUUUUUUUUGCGAUCUUUUUCUAUGUAAUGGUAGUACCGUCGUAUCUACUUGUGCACAGUAUCUGUACCAAAAAACUGGAUUGAGCUGUUGUGGGAGAAAUGACCUUUUCUUUUCCCUUUUGUCUGCAGUCGUUUGAGUGGCUGCGUACUUUAAGAUAUACCAAAAAUAUUUGUUAAAGUAAUUGUAGUCGGUGUAGUCUAGUCGAUAUAUUUAUGAACAGAAUUUCUCCUCAUUUUGUCAGCAGAAUAUAGAAAUGCAAUAGUUCGAUCAUUUCCAAAGAUUUUUUUAUUUUUUUUUGGCGGGGGAAAGUCUUUUACGGAUUAUAAUUGGCAGCGCAAUUGACCAAUAAUGAGGGAAGGGCUGUGUUGAAACAUGACAAACUCGUUUCCUAUUUUUAUUUCGCUGGGCCUCGCCCUAACAUUUGCUCGCAGAGCUAUUUGAUGGCUUCUAUUUUAACCAUUUUAGUAACAGCUUUUGGGUGUCCAUGAAGCAGGAAAAACUCCAUUGGGGGGAUUGGGGGGAGGGGGUGUACCAAUAUGUCAGCCAUAAUGCAACAGCUUGAACCAAAGUGGUUUUCCUCAGUAGUGGCCGUGCUUGUCUGAGCAUUGCACUUACUGUUCACAAAUGCUUUUCUUGAUCUGGUGCGGUUGGAGAUGGACGGAUGGAGUGCUAGCUUUAACAGCCUGCGCCUAUGGUUUUUCUUUAUAGCUUCAUUAGCACAUCCUGUGAAGAGCAGGUCUUUUGGCUCUGGAGUUUGGAAUGCUCCACUACGUCAACACUAGGGAUGCGCAGUUGAAUGGAUUAAGAAUUUGGUGAUUAAUCGUGGCUUGAAGAAAUUGAAAUUCAAUGGACUAGUGGUUGAUUGUGUCUUAACUAGUUUGUUUAAAGAAGACCUGACAUCAGUUGAAGCCUGACAAGGAUUUUUCAAAUCUUUAAAGAUUAUCAGUUACAAAAAAAUCCGGCAAUCAUGGCAUAAUCAGUUAAUUGAAGAAUCUGGUUUGUUUGUUGAUUGUCGAGUAAUCGUGGUUUGAAGCAAGAUGUACCCAUGUGGACUGCCACAAGGCUCUGAUCAAGGUCCACUCUCCUCAUUUUGUCACGUUGUAACAAUUUGAAGGGAAAAAAAAAAAAAAAAAGAAAAAAAGAUAAAUACUUCAAGCAAAUUUUAGUCAAAUGCCCAUCUGUAGUAAACACAUACUGUAGAUCCGAUCAUUGCUACCAUUUGAACCAGCAUGUUAGCAUUGCUGCGCCCCAAAGCUUUCCUAAAGACUGGCUCGUCCUCUAUUAGUCACUGCAGCUUUUGGGCUGAGUACUGUUAUGUGCCACACAUUCAGCUAAACCCCACACAAAUGGCAUCACUGUUCUGCUGCUUCUGACUAACAAAAUAGCAGUGAUGAGGAAGUCAGAUUGUAGGCAGCGAGAUAUCCCUUUUGUACUUUUCUGUCGUUGACUAAUUUUGACUGAAUAUACCUCAGCAGCACUUAAACAUAAGGUUCACCUUUUUAGAUAUUUCUGUGUAUAGAACAGUGUGGAAUGUAUAAGUAAGGACUGGCUCGCCAUUCACACUAUACUGCUCCAUCGGAACCAUAAAUAAUAGGACAACUACUGCUUUUUCUAGUACUACUAUUUAAUUUUUCUCUUCGACGGUUUGAUGGUGAUUGAUGAAGAGCUCAUUCUUGCCAAAGUAAUAGCCUUUCUCUUUACAGCUCAGCUGGCGUAUGGCUACUCGUGUCUUUGAGUCCGCCGCGCACUGAUAGAAGCCAGUUCGAUUCCAGUCGUUUGUACUCACGCGACCGAGUCGAGCGCAUUUGCGACACGAACCGGACGCCAUCAUCGCCACAGGAUUUUACUGAUAUAUUUAUCUGAGGAAAGACCUAAUAAUGAGAGAAAUGUUUUCUUAAUUCUAUAUAUAUAAAUAUAUAUAUAUAAACACGUGUAAGAUAUUCCUAUUUUAUAUUUGAAGCAUUAUGUUACUAAGACUGAAUGUAGUGUGUAUGACCCCGAAGAAAUUCCUAAUUAAUUCUUCCUUUUAAAAAAAUUCUUCCUUUAAAAAAAUAAAUAAAAAAAUUAAAAAAUGUCAAGACCAAAAAAUAAAAAAACGCUGCGAUGGGUGUGUCAGUGAAUGACAUGCAUCUGUCCGCCGGCAGAUGCGGCGGUCUGACGCAAAGAUCCUCUAGUUGUUAGAGGGGGAAGACUGAUGUCUUUUUUUUUUUUUUUUUUUUUUUUGUAUUUUUUUUUUAAAAUGUAUAUAUUGUUUUAAUUUAAGUCAUUUUGGACUUGAUUUGCUGUGCUGUCUUUAACAAUCAUUUGUUUUUUAUUUUUAUUACUUUAUGCCUUUAACUGAUUUGUAUAAUAUGAGAGGGCACGAUCACUGGCUUUCUUGGUUUGACGAAGACGAUAAAUGUUAUCAUUUAUGCCUUAUUGUUACGUAGAUGAAAUGAUUGCAUUGUAGCAUGUGUGAAUGUGUCUGUUUUAGCUUAGUGUUGCCAAGUGCAUUGUCACUGACAUAAUAGUGUACUUAGGGCAUUUUGAGUGUGAGACGCUCACAUUGCUACUUAUGUAUUUUAGGUGUGAUUCAGACAAUGCCUGAAAGAAAAGCUUUACUAAUAAUUCCAACAGGUCAGUGUGUAUGUGGAUGACUGAGCAUUGUAGAGCCUAGAAACACAGUCUGCAAACCAUUAUUGUGCGUUUUUCCCCAACUGACUGCAAAAAUUGGGUAUGGAGUAGGGAUGGGCAUAAUAAUUGUUUAAUCAACAAAUUUGGUUAAUUGUUUGGAAUUGAUUGUUGAUUCCUAUUUUCAACUAUGUCUUAAAGCAAUUGGGGCAAAAUAAAGUGCACUUCUUUGCUGCAACCUGCAGAGGUGUGCCAUUAAUUCAGUCUAGGUAGUGCCUACAAGCAGAUAUAUAUAUAUAUUUCAAAAGAAUGGGAAAAUCUGUGUGUGUGUGUGUGUAUAUAUGUAUGUACAGUGCCACCAGAAAGUAUUCUCACCUCUUCGUUUUCCACAUUUUGCUGUUUUACAGACUUAUUCUAAAGCUGAUUUAAGUAUAGUUUUCUCUUUUAAAAAAAAAUCUACAUAAACUAUCCCAUAAUGUCAAACUACAAACAUAUUUUCAGACAUUUGUGUAAAUUUAUAAAAAAUGUAAACAUUCAAACAUAAUAGGUACAUAAGUAUUCACACCCUUUGCUAUGACACUCAAACUUAAGCUCAGGUGCAUCUGGUUUCCACUGAUCAUCCUUGAGAUGCUUCUACAACUUAAAUGGAGUCGACCUGUGCUAAAUUCUAGAACCAUCCAGAAGGUGGAAGUCACUUCUCACUGUAAGGCACAUGGCAGCCUGCUUGGAGUUUGCCAAAAGGCACCUGAAGGAUUCUCAGACCUGCAGAAACUAAAUUCUCUUGUCUGAUGAAACCAAAUAUAACUUUUUAGCCUGAAUUGCAAGUGUCAUAUCUGGAAAAGAAGAGGCCCUGCUUAUCACUAACACUAUCCGUACUGACAAGCAGGGUGGUGGCAGUAUCAUGCUGUGGGACUGUUUUUCUGCUGCAGGAACUGGGCGACUAGUCUGCAUAGAGGGUAAGAUGACAGCUGCCAAAUAUAGUGAAAUUCUUCAAGAGAACUUGCUCCACAGUGGUCUGGAACUCAGACUAGGGCGUCGAUUCACCAUCCAACACGGUAAUGACCCAAAGCACACAGCCAAGAAAACAAAGGAGCAGCCUGUGAAUGUCCUCGAGUGGGCCAGCCAGAAUCCAACCAAACAUCUCUGGAAUGACCUAAAAAGGGCUGUCCACCGGCGCUGCCCAUCUAACCUGACUUGAGAGGAUCUGUAGAGAAAAAUGGGAGAAAAUGCUCCAAAACAGGUGUGCCAAGCUCGUAGAGAAAUGCCCAAGAAGACUGAGGCUGUGAUUCCUGCCAAAGGUGCUGCAACAAAAUAGUAACCCAAGGAAGUGAAAACUUAUGUACAGUACCUAUUGUUUAAAUGUUUACAUUUUCAAAAAAAUCUCACAACUCUCUAAAAAUGUUUUUACUUAGUCAUUAUGGGAUAUUUUAUGUAGAUUUUUUUAAACUAUGCUCAAAUCAGCUUUAGCAUAAGUCUAACAGCAAAAUGUGGAAAAGGUGAAGGGGUGUCAAUACUUUCUGGUGGCACUGUGUGUGUGUGUGUGUGUGUAUGUAUAGAUGUGUAUAUAUAUGUAUGUAUAUAUAUAUAUGUAUGUGUGUGUGUAUAUGUAUGUAUAAUAUGCAUGUAUAUACAUAGACAUACAGUGGGUACGGAAAGACCCUAAAUUUUUCACUUUGUUAUAUUGCAGCCAUUUCCUAAAAUCAUUUAAAUUCAUUAUUUUUUCAUCAUGAAUGGACACUGCACCCCAUAGUGACAGAAAAAAAUGUAAUUGAAUUUUUUUCAGAUUUAUUAAAAAAGAAAAACUGAAAAAUCACACAGCCAUAAGUAUUCAGUCCCUUUGCUGUGACACUCAUAUAUUGAACUAGGGUGCUGUCCAUUUCUUCUGCUCAUCCUUGAGAUGGUUCUACACCUUCAUUGGAGUCCAGCUGUGUUUAAUUAUAUUGAUUGGCCUUGAUUAGGAAAACCAUACACUUGUCUAUGUAAGACCUUACAGAUCACAGUGCAUGUCAGAGCAAAUGAGAAUCAUGAGGUCAAAGUUACUGCCUGAAAAGCUCAGACACAGAAUUGUGACAAGGCACAAAUUUGGCCAAGGUUACAAAACAAUUUCUGCUGCACUUUAGGUUCCUAAGAGCACAGUGGCCUCCAUAAUCCGUUUGGGAUGACCAGAAACCUUCCUAGAGCUGGCUGUCCGGCCAAACUGAGCAAUCGGGGGAGAAGAGCCUUGGUGAGAGAGGUGCAGAAGAACCCAAGGAUCACGGUGGCUGAGCUCCAGAGAUGCAGUCGGGAAAUGGGCGAAAGUUCUAGAAAGUCAACCAUCACUGCAGCCUUCCACCAGUUGGGGGUUUAUGGCAGAGUGGCCCGACGGAAGCCUCUCCUCAGUGCAAGACACAUGAAAGGCCGCAUGGAGUUUGGUUAAAAAAAACACCUGAAGGACUCAAGAUGAUGAGAAAUAAGAUUCUCUAAUCUGAUGAGACCAAGAUAUAACUCUUUGGCCUUAAUUCUAAGCGGUAUGUGUGGAGAAAACCAGGCACUGCUCAUCACCUUUCCAAUACAGUCCCAACAGUAAAGCCUGGUGGUGGCAGCAUCAUGCUGCGGGGGUGUUUUUCAGCUGCAGGGACAGGACGACCGGUUGCAAUCGAAGGAAAGAAAGGAAUGCGGCCAAGUACAGGGAUAUCUUGGACGAAAACCUUCUCCGGUGUGCUCACAACCUCAGACUGUGCCGAAGGUUCACCUUCCGACAAGACGAUGACCCUAAGCACACAGCUACAAUAAUGGAGUGGCUUCAGAACGACUCCGUGACUGUUCUUGAAUGGCCCAGCCAGAGCCCUGACUUAAACCCAAUUGAGCAUCUCUGGAGAGACCUGAAAAUGGCUGUCCACCAACGUUCACUAUCCAACCUGACCGAACUGAAGAGGAUCUGCAAGAAGAAUGGGAGAGGAUCCCCAAAUCCAGAUGUGAAAAACUGCAUCAUUCCCAAAAAGACUCAUGGCUGUAUUCUGUAUUAGCUCAAAAGGGUCUGAAUACUUAUGGCUGUGAUAUUUCAGUUUUUCUUUCUUAAUAAAUCAGUAAACAUUUCAACAAUUCCAAUAUGGAGUGCUGUGUGUACAUUGGGGAGGCGGGCGAGGAUGAACUUAAAUGAUUUUAGCAAAUGGCUGCAAUAUAACAAAGAGUGAAAAAUUUAAGGGGGUCUGAAUACCAUCCGUACCCACUGUGUGUGUGUGUGUGUGUGUGCGUGCGUGUGUACAGUCCUCUCAAAAAGUAUUGGAACUUGUAUACUGAAGACAUUUGGGUUUCAGAUCAAAAGAUGAAUAUGAGACAAAGGUUCAGAAUUCCAGCUUUUAUUUUGUGGUAUUUACAUCUAAAUGUGUUAAACAACUCAGGACAGUUUAACUGUUUAAAGCCACCCACUUUUCAAGUGAGCAAAAGUAUUGGAAGAGAUAUUAUUCAAUUACUAAUUUAAAGUGAAUGUUUAAUAUUUGGUGGCAUAACCCUUAUUUGCAAUAACUGUGUCAUGACUUCAACAGACUGCAUUCUUCAUUUGAAAUGCUUUUCUACGCCGUUACAGCAGCCUCUUUCAGUUCUUUUGUUUUUUGGGGGGGUUCAGGAGGUAAAAUGCAUGCUCUAUUUGGUUAAGGUGCAGUGGUUGACUUGGCCAGUCUAAGACCUUCCACGUUUUCCUCCUGAUGAAGUCCUUUGUUGUGUUGUCAGUGUGUUUUGGGUCAUUGUCUUGUUGCAUGAUGAAGCUUCUCCCGAUUAGUUUGGAUGCCUUGACAUUACCUCCACCAUGCUUCACAGAUGAGCUUGUGUGUUUUAGAUCAUAAGCAGAGCCUUUCUUUCUCUAUACUUUGGCCUUUCCAUCACUUUGAGAGGUUAAUCUUGGUCUGAUCACUCCAUAAAAUUUGGUCUCUGUACUUUGCAAAAUCCAAUUUGGCCUUCCGAUUCUUUUUGCUGAUGAGUGGUUUGCAUCCUGUGGUAUGGCCUGUAUUUCUUCUGUCUUCUUCAAACGGUGGAUUGUGAUACCUUAACCUCUGCCCUGUGGAGGUUGGAAGUGAUGUCACUGACUGUUGUCUUCGGGGGUUUCUUCACAGCUGUCACAAUGUUUCUGUCAUCAACUGCUGUUGAUACCCUUGGCCGACCCGUUUGAUGUCUGUUGCUCAGUACACCAGUAGUUUUUCUUUUUCAGGACAUUGUUGUAUUGGCUAUGCCCGAUGUUUGUACAAUAGUUCUGAUUGAUUUUCCCUCCUCCCUCAGCUUCAUAAUGGUUUGCUUUUCUCCCAUACACAGCCCUGUGGUCUUCAUGUUUGCUUAACAGCAAAUGCAGUUUUCACAGGUGAAACCCAAGGCAAAAAACAAGUUAUCUAAUGUUUAAGGAAUCAAUAUAAAAGGCAACACCUGAACAACUGGAAACACCCAUCAGUCACAUGUUCCAAUACCUUUGCUCACUUGAAAAGUGGGUAGAUUCAAACCAAAGGUGCUCUGUGCUGUGUUGUUUAACACAUCUAGAUGUAAAGACCAUGAAAUAAAAGCUGGAAUUCUGAACUUUUGUCUUGUAUUCAUCUUUUGAUCUGAAACCCAAAUGUCUUCAGUAUACAACAAAAACAAAGGAAUGGAUCUUGCUGUUCCAAUACUUUUAGAUGGGACUGUGUGUGUGUGUGUGUGUGUGUGUGUGUGUGUAUUAUCAGUUUCCCAAGAUUCGAUCCAAAAAAAAUAAUAAUCUGGUCAAACGCUUGUCCUUGGAUUGAACUUUCUUUAUGGAGCGCCGCAAGGUUCUAAUGUGGGUCCACUAUUUCUUCUUUCGUUACAAAUAUUUGAAGAAAAAAAACAAUUCAAUUAAUCAUUUAUUUUCCUAGUUAAUCGAGAAAAUGUCAAAUGCUCAUCCCGAGUCAAUUGGUAAAUUUUCACUUGUUGGUGACAAAUGCCAUUUUGUGGAUUCAGACGCUAGUGCGAACUAGCUUGUCGACCGGCUUUGCUUCAACGCUUCAUUUUGCUAACGUUGGAGAUUCCUGGUGGAUCGGUACAUUAGUUGACCCGCUAUGCUGUUGUUUGUUCUGUUCGUUUUUUUUGUUUUUUUUUGUUUAAAUUUUUUUUUACGUUGACAGAUGAAGCGUGGGUGCACCAGUAUACCUCAUUUCUAACUCAAAACUGGGUGAAACCUGCUCUAACCUACUUAAUAAGAAAACGUUUAAAAAAACAUGCACGUGUCGUCGGAGAAGCCUGCUCAUUCAUGAUUUGAAACGUCCUCCACGAAGGGUGCACACCAGUCCUCACGAAUGUUUUGCUUUAACAAUGUUUCUUGCACACCUUUCCUUCAUUGUAUUACUAGCCCUUUUUAAGUUUGACAAUCCCGCUUAUGUUGUAACUCUAACCUGGUGUGUAUGCUUUAUAACUCCCCUCCAUCCCCCUUUGCAAGGUGGCGACAUCCCAUGAUAACAACAUUAACCAAAGACUAAUAACUGAUUGUACACGAAUGUGGCCCACCCUCCUGCCUCAGCGCUCAUCACUUGAGCACUCGUUUUUGGGGUUCAUUAGCUUUGACUGCAUACAAAUGUCUGCCAUCUGCCCUGGUUGGUGCUGUGGUUUUCAGUGCCUGUGGGUGGGCUGGGGUAGCGUGGUGGAGGAGGGGCGUCGUUGAGAGGGCUUCUUUGACGGACACUUGUUUGUGGUGGUAGCUGGGAGAUGUUUGUUAAUACACACUGAGGGUUAAUCCUGUGCACACUGUACAUGCUCAGGACUCCAUAUCUGUCUGUCUGUCUGUCUGUCUUGAGCGCUGUUGCUAGAAUCCCCGUUUCACCAGCUCUCCUUUUCUCAAAGACUGGUUAGAAUAUAUAUAUUUUUUUCCUUAAAAGUGUUCGUCCCAGGAUAUAGGCCUACAAUCCUGGAGUGAAGCAUCCCACCCCACUAGAUUUCACUGCUGUAAACACACAUCACACUUGGCCCUCCUUCUCGUCCUCCCUCCCUCCCUCACUCACUACAGACUGAUCAACUGUGACACUAUGCAUCCCCUGGUGGGGCAUUUGGUGACACUUUGCUCAACGCUUUACUCCGAAGUGAGGUGCCGGGAAUUCUCACGAGCGCUAUCUAUCCCAAAGCAAAACUCCAAAUAUUUUAAACUUUUUGUGUGUCUGUGUGUGUGUGUGUGUGUGUGAACAAAUUGCAGAUACCAAAGAUAUCUCUGUCAACUGUCUCUUCCUAAUGGCCCUGCAGCAUGUGUAUUAAGAGACAAACCCAGCACUGGCUUUGAGUCCAAGCCUCAGUAAUUCCAAAGUUUAGAUGUAUAUUUUGAUAUAUUUCUGACAAGAAAAAAAAAAGUGCGCUGAAUAAUAGUCUUUCCUCUUUGUCAUUUUUAUUUCUCUCUGUCGCAGCAUGGAACUAAUUGCAGAACUGUCUUACUAGGUUGAAGACAUAGUAUUUUUGUAUGUUUUUGGAUGUGUUGUGUGAUAUCAGCCCAGGUGACCGUGGCUUUUAUCGAAAUAAAAUACAAUGGAAAAUGAUUAGAGGAAAAAAAGCAAACGUGUAUAUAUUGUGUGUAUCUUCUGAAAGGCGUUGUGUAAAACUACUCACAGUGGACACUUGGGCUAAUCUAAAGGAAUGUUCCCACCUCCCCUUUUGUUUCUGACUCUGCAGUCUAAUCUUUCUAACAGAACUCUUAAUCUAAAGAGUUACUAUCUAGGACUUAAAACACUGAGGGACACUUCCGAAAAAUGAAAAUACUAAAAAAAAAAUGUUUUUUAAAAACGCCUCCAGUCAUGGCGGCAUAGAAAGGAAAGACUGUAGGAGUUUUAAGUAUGUGAAUCAGGAUACAUAGUAGAUUUUGAUGCAUUUGUCUGCUGUAUUUUUGUUUUUAUACACGUAUACAAAAUAAUCUUUUACUGUAAGUGUACAGUUCUUUUUGUUGUAAACAUCAUUAAACAAUUUUCAAGUGUUUUGA